GAAUAAGAUAAGUACCUCGAAAAAAAAUGCAUAUCGUAUUUUAGAAAGAAAAAAUAUCGAAAAAGAGCGAGAAAUAUAAAUUUUAUUGCAGGGACGCCGCUUUUAUAAAAUCUUGUGCUUGUGAUAAAAUUGGGUGCUCAUCAGAUAUGGGUAUAAAGUAAAAUAUUUAAAUUACACGACAAUGGAAAUGGAAAAGAAAAAACGGAUUCUCUAUUCUGUGGAAGACCUAAAUAAAGCUGUUAACGCCAUUCGAUCUGGAAUGCCAUUUAAAGCAGCUAGUAAGAUAUUUAAAGUACCCAGGUCGACCCUACAAGAUAAAGUUAAAGGCAGAACGGCUUUAGAGAAGAAAUGUGGACCAGAAACCAUACUAACAAAAGAAGAAAAAAAUGUAUUGGCAUGGCUAUUUCGGAUUGCAGCCCGUGGAUUUCCUGCAACAAAAACAAUGUUGUUAGAUAGUGUUCAGCUAUUGGUUAAAGAACUGAAUAGGCCGAAUAAUUUCACAGACAAUAGGUCUGGACGUAAAUGGUACGAAUUGUUUCUUAGAAGGCAUCAAAAACUGGCUCCAAGGAUUUCUCAAGACCUCUCAUCAGCAAGAAACAACCUUACAGAAAAUCGCAUUCGUCAGUGGUUCAUAGAAGUAGGGGCCUUCUUAGAGGAGUCAAACUAUCUUCGUAUAUCUGAUGAUCCUGGUCGCGUAUUUAAUUGCGACGAAACGGCUUUUUUCCUCAGUCCCAAAGGAGACAAGGUUUUAGUUAGAAAGGGUGAUAGAACAGUUUACUCAUUUAUUUAAAUUACACGACAAUGGAAAUGGAAAAGAAAAAACGGAUUCUCUAUUCUGUGGAAGACCUAAAUAAAGCUGUUAACGCCAUUCGAUCUGGAAUGCCAUUUAAAGCAGCUAGUAAGAUAUUUAAAGUACCCAGGUCGACCCUACAAGACAAAGUUAAAGGCAGAACGGCUUUAGAGAAGAAAUGUGGACCAGAAACCAUACUAACAAAAGAAGAAAAAAAUGUAUUGGCAUGGCUAUUUCGGAUUGCAGCCCGUGGAUUUCCUGCAACAAAAACAAUGUUGUUAGAUAGUGUUCAGCUGUUGGUUAAAGAACUGAAUAGGCCGAAUAAUUUCACAGACAAUAGGCCUGGACGUAAAUGGUACGAAUUGUUUCUUAGAAGGCAUCAGGAACUGGCUCCAAGGAUUUCUCAAAACCUCUCAUCUGCAAGAAACAGCCUUACAGAAAAUCGCAUUCGUCAGUGGUUCAUAGAAGUAGGGGCCUUCUUAGAGGAGUCAAACUAUCUUCGUAUAACUGAUGACCCUCGUCGCGUAUUCAAUUGCGACGAAACGGCUUUUUUCCUCAGUCCCAAAGGACCAAACCAAACCAAAGGAGACAAGGUUUUAGUUAGAAAGGGUGAUAGAACAGUUUACUCAUUUGUAAGUAAUAGUGAGAAGGAGUGUCUAACGACUUUGGUAACUUGUAGUGCCUCCGGUCAAAUUUUACCAUCAAUGAUCGUUUUUAAUUAAAAAGAGUUCUCAAAUCAAUUGCCGAAAAAGUACCAGAACAUUGGGGUAUCGGAAAGUCAGAAAAUGGAUGGCUGACCGG